GUUUUUACUGCUUCUACAAGUAACUUUCCAUUUUCGACCACCAACAUAGUUUUUCUUUCGAGAGAGACACACUGACAACGUCGUUCUAGUUAGGCUCCAGUGUAAAGCUGCUACUGCUACUCUACUUAGGUCGAAAUACUCAUACAUACUAUCAAUCUAACUACGAGCAGGUCAGAUCAACUAAGCUACCCCACCUACGGUACUCCUCGGCUACUGCUACAACAAAGAUACUCAGAAGUAACUACUCAGAUCCUUCCGCGGGACCGCUAGUCCUAAUCAAAAAGAAAAUGGCAUCCCUCGAACACAGCAUUGACGAGCAGCAUCAAGACUUGACGCUGUUCGUGCAGAACUUGCUGAAGGAGAUGCAAACCCGAUUUCAAACCAUGUCUGAUGGUAUUGUGAAUCGCAUCGACGAUAUGGGUGGACGCAUUGACGAAUUGGAGAAGUACUUGUUUGAAUAUCUCCUGUGUUGAUACUACUUUUUUGUUUUUUGUCACGAAAUACUAAUGGCCUGUGCUUUAUAUAAUCACCUAGUUGUAACACAUUUUGGGUGGUGUCGUGCCUGCUCGUCCUGUAGCUGUAUAAUGUGAGCAACAUCAUUUUUGUUAAACUAGAAUUAGUGGUCUAGAUAUUAUGGUUAUGCUAGUAGACAUUAUCAUUCGAGAUCGUGGACCACGUACAGCUACUCCUAAACGCACCCAGGUCAAUCGCGGACUUGAUGAAUGAAGCAGGAGUAGACGAGCAGACAGUGCCUGCAGCAAAAACGGAGUCUUAAGUUGUGAUGCAGAGGGAGAGGCCACAUACAGAGGGAGUAGAGGAGAUGAAAAAUUUUGCGUGAUGAUGAUGAGACCACAAGGACAUUCUCAUUCAGCAUAUAAUUCAUUGUACUAGUACUCAUUGCGAUAAUGUUGAAGGAUCUACAAGAGCUCGUCGUAGUUGUACUACGACAGAUGGGAGCUACAGACACGAGGAAGAAGGUCAACAGCAAGAUGAUACCUCAAUUGUAGACGUCGUGAGGCUGAGCAGAAACGAAUCUUGGGGACUAGCACAAGAAAAUAUGACGUGGCAGUCUGCACUGAACUUUGUGCGAGAACACUUGCCUUGUAUUGUAGUCUUCUCUGAACAUGAAGAUGCGUUAUGUUAAAAAAAUAGCGCACUUGCUUGAGCCCCGCCAGGAGAAGAUUGAUUACAACGAAUAGUAUACGGACAUGCGAAGUGACCACCUUUGCAGCACCGCUGCACGGAGAGGACCACAAGAGUAUUACCGGUGUGUAGAGCUAUGAAUACUUACAGU